GGCCAGCGUCGCCGUCUGCGUCGCUGUCGCAGCUGGAGACCGAGUUUACAGCCAAAGCGACAGUUAAGCGACGGCAGCGGCAGGUGUCAUUUGAAUUGUGAAAAGUGCGCGGACGCGUUUUGUUGAAGAAACAACAAAAACAGAAUAAAAAAACAAAAUAAAUAUAGCACGCAAGUUUUGUGAACGGCAACGGCGACGUCGACGCCGACUGCGCGAUGAGUGCGCGACGCGAAAAAGUCGAAAACGCAAACGAAACGCAGCAAAAUAGAAAUGUAAACGCAAACGCAAGCGAAACUGAUUUCAUGCUCAAGAUAAUGACGGCGACGCCGGCGUCGCCAGCGCAGCGCGCAUCAGAAGCAGCAGCAGCGACGCUGACAACGGUUAACGCUCAAAAUAAAUGCGCGACCGCAGCGCCAACGACUUUUAGUUAUCAGAGAGCACCGAAGCGUGGCGCACGCCUCAAAGAGACAACAAGAGAAGCAGAAGCAGAUCAAGAAGAACCAAAAGAAGAACAACAAGAAGACGAAGCAGCAGCAGCAACAACAACAAAAGCUUGCGAACGUCAGCGUCAACUGGCAGAGCACAAGGCGCAAUUGCGCGCUGCCUUCUUUAAGGAUUUCAACGAAUAUCAGCAGCAUCAACCAAAACAACAACAACAACAGAGCGAAAACGCAAGCCAAACUAAAGCUGAUACACGCACACAACAGCUGAUUGCCAAGUUUCAAACCAUGAUUGUGCAGCAGUCGCAACAGCAAUUAAAACCAAUAACCACAACAACAACAACACUAAACAGUGCUGCCAACUCCGAUGAGGGAUGCAAUGCCGGCGGCUUGAGUCCCUGCAGCAGCGACAACGAAUGCGAUGCGCAAUCGCCGAAUGCGAUCGGAAUCGGCAUCGGCAUCGGCACCAACAAGCCGAAGGUGACACGAAGCGCCAGCAGCGAUUCGGCACUCGGCUUGGAAGUGGACGAAGUGGAAGUCUCGCCGCCGACAGCGCCGCAGCAGCGACGCAUGACUUUAACCGUUACCGAUUUGCCGUUGCGCCCGGCUUUAUUACCGCUAGCGGAGCCAACCGCUUUGCCCGAUUCACCGCUCAACUCACCCACAACACAAAUCGCAAUCGCAACUGGAAUAAUCACAACAACAACCACAGCGGGGGGAGUGCCAAGCAAAGUGCUGCUGGAGGAACGUGUGGUGGCUGCGCAGUCGCGUCGCGAGUCCACACAGAGCUGCCUGAGUGAAUUGGGCGGCGUUGGUGGGGGCGUGGUAAGCGGGGUGCGGUAUGUGCGCACACCAUCGGUCGUCGUAUCGGAUUAUUCAGAUGAUAUAACCGCAUGCGGGAUUAGCAUGGAGGAAAUGGAGUAUUUUCGCCUGCAACGCUCACGCGGUCAGCGUCGCUGUUCGCUGGAAGCGAGUGCUGCCGCCGCGGGCGCCGGCAGCGGCGUCGGCGCCAAGGAUGAAGCUCAGUCGGAUGUGAGCGCAGCGAGCAGCUGCAGCAAUCUGUAUUACUGCGGCUCAACGAUUUCCGCCCUCGAUGGCGGCGAAUGCAUUGUGAACGGCGUUCGCGUUGCUCUCGCACGCAAAUCGAGUCACAGCAGCAGCGGCGGUGACUACGAAGAAGAGGAUGAAGAAGAAGUGGAAGUGGAAGAGGACGACGUUGACUGCGAUGAGUUGGCCGCAGCGCUAGCGGAGGUGGAGGUGGUGGAGAGUGAGAGAGAACGUGAGAGAGUAAGGCAACUGGAAGUGGAACGGGAAAAGGAGCGACAGCUGAGCGAGCUUUUGGCUGCCACGCAGCUUGGCGAAGGCUUGAAGAAGGUAUGUUUGCAAAAUAAGAAGAAGACGCACGCUACAAAUACGAAAGACUUAAGCAAAAAACUUGCAAUAAAUAAGAAAAACUAAAAUAAAGAAGAAAAGAAAAA